GCCAUGCAUGUGACGCCCAUUGCUUAUACAUCCCUAUGCGGGAGACGGGAAGAUGGCGGCCGCCACGGAGUGAGGACAGGUGUAAGGAGGAGGUUGCUGGAAGUUGUGAUGAGCAUUAUGAUUCCGGGGGAUGGUUUCCGCUCGUUGUGUCUGCCCGGUGAUUAGAGGAGAGGAGCAGCUGCAGGUGGGAGAAAAAAAAGUAUAGUAGACUUCAGAUACCUGAAGGGAAACAUAAUUUAAGGGUGGUCCCACUACUAACUUACUGAGGAUGGACAAAGGUCAAAUUCCUGAGAGGAUAUUAAACCUCACCCUGGAGAUCCUCUACCUGCUGACUGGAGAGGAUUAUAUUGUUGUGAAGAAGUCUGGUGACAGUGUCACACCAAGCAGUUGUCCUCGUGUGCCAGGAGGACUGAGCAGGACCCAGAGCCCCAUCGCGGUGCCUUCACCUCACUCACUGAUACAUGGGAGGCACAAUGACCAGAAGAUCCUGGAACUCACCAACAAGAUCAUUCAGCUGCUGACUGGAGAGGUUCCCCAGGGAAAUGAAGAUGUCAGUCUAAAUUUUUCCAUGGAGGAGUGGGAGCGACUAGGAAGAGACACAGUUAAUAAUAUGGAUGACUUGAUGGUGGAGAAUCACCAGACUCUGAGAUCACUGGAUUUGAAGCCGCCCCUCAAUGCGGGAGUUUGCGAAACUAAAAGCAUCGUUGACCUCCAUCAUGGUGGACAGUGUACAACAAUCUGCAAGACUAGAAAGAGGAAGGGGCAGCCGGUGAGAUAUGUGGCGGAGAAUUCGGGCUGCGGUGAAGGUGGAGGAAACCUCGCAGACUCUGACGCGUGUACGGAGCACGCGCAGACGGAAUGCAGCUCCGCUUACAUUAAGAAGGAAGACGGCGCCAAGAUCUACACCCGCUCGGAGCACACCCAGACCGACUUCACAUCGGUCCGCGCUAAAGGAGAAGCAGAAGGAGAAGGCGCCAAAGGUCCACGGGCAGACUUCAUGCGUAUUGACUACGACUCGAUAUUUGUCAGCAAUUCGGUCUCCGUGCCUCAAGAGACCACCCGGAAGUUGUAUGACUGCACUCUGUGCGGUAAAACCUUCACCAGCAAGUCAGGGAUCGUCAAGCACCGGCGAAUGCACUCCGGCAGGGUAGUGACUUGCGCCGACUGCGGCAAGGAGUUCACCUGCAACUCGGAGCUGGUGGCUCACCAGAGGACGCACACCGGGGAGAAACCGUUUCCCUGCUCUUCCUGCGGGAAGUGUUUUUCAACCAACACCAAUCUGGUGGCGCACCAGAGAAUUCAUACCGGGGAAAAACCCUACUCCUGCACGGAGUGCGGGAAAUGUUUUACCAGCAGCUCGGACCUUGUCAAACACCAAAUCAUUCACACCGGGGAGAAACCUUUUUGCUGUUCGGACUGCGGGAAAGGUUUUACCAGCAAAUCAAAUCUGGUUAAGCACCAUAGGAUCCACACCGGGGAAAAACCCUUCCUGUGCUCCGAAUGCGGCAAGGGUUUCGCUAUCAAGUCAAACCUCAUCAAACACCAGGUAGUUCACACCGGGGAGAAGCCGUAUCCCUGUCCCGAGUGCGGUAAAUGUUUUUCAAAUCAGUCAAACGUCUCAAAACACCAGAGGAUUCACUACGGGGCAAAGAGGUUACUUGUGGAUUAAAGAAGGGUGCUGCACAAUCUCCUUUUCUGUGUUUGUGGUCGGUCUUCAGGGUUGGUCGUCACUUCUUGAAGUUCUUUCUCCGUUUUAAACGACCUUUGUGGAAAUGCAAAUACCCCCCCCCCCCCCCCCCCAAUGAUGAAAUGUCACAAUAUUGUAGCUUAUCCUGGACUGAUGUUGUACAAUAUCCACAUUUACUGUUAUUUCCUAUUAAACACCAGAGAUGUGCUCUAUAGGAAUCCUCUGGAGGCUUUCUAUCCUGUGUAGAGAACUAUAGGUCAUGCUCUCUGUUAUAUAAUGUCAUUGAUCUGAUUGCGGGUAUGUCACAUAACAUUUGGAUGAAUACAAAUCGUGUUGAAGUUUAUAUACUUUCCUUCCUGAAACGCUAAGCAUUGCAUCCGAUGGAGACCAGGGAAGUGGUACUGUGCAAUUAGUAAUAAAAUACAUGACUUGAAUCUAUCAGAGGCAAAUACUGAAAAUCGUAGACUUUCCUGCAUAAUGAACCUUGCAGAACCUACCUAAGUUUAGGUACAAAUGACGUCCUCCAGGUCUGUCUUUGCCCAGACUGUAUCUCUGCAGACAUUCGUGACCAUUACAGUGUAAAAUCAUGUGACGUUCUGAUGCUGCUGUCACCACCGUCGUCCCUUCACUGGAAUUAAGUGUUGCUACCCCGAGAAAUUGGCAUCGCACUCUACUUUCCGGCUGUUAGCGUACCAUUUCCCGUAACCUAACUUUUACAAUGACGCUGGUGAUCUUGCCGCACACCUGUGCAUUUGAUCGCCAAUGAUGUUGGAACACUAUCACCUUUCACCUAGUAACUGGACAAUAGAAGGGUAUCCCUCUGCUGACCUGGCUGUAAAUUAUUUGGGGUAUAAAACAGGCUGCUAGUGGAUUAUAAAUCUGGUGUGUUCGUCCCAUCUCCCGGUCUCUCUCUUAUCUGAAGCUACUGUAGCGACCCCUCUGAUAUGUGUACAUUUCCAGUAUUGCUGAACUCUAUACAGAAUGCCAAUUCAGCCACCUUAAGCGUGCAACGUUCAACAAUAAAUAAUGCAUGGAUUAUUA